GGGGCGGUGCGACCGCGGCGGGAACAUGGCGGCGGCUUGGCUCUGCACAGUCAGGACUAAACUCUGCAUGGCACCAGCUUUUGGGAGGUGUCUACAGAAGGAGCUCUGGACAAGGUCAUGGAGAAGGGGAGAUGCUCGCCCGCCCUGGACUUUUGGUACAUGGGAGUGUUUGCAGCCACAAAACCAGCAAGUCAGUGGUGUUACCAGUUACCUCAGGACACAGUCUGUGUGUCUGUCCCAUUUGGCCGCUGCUGCUGCGGUCCAGCAGAAGGCUGUGGAUGGGAGGACAGAAGAGUUCAAACUGGUCUACAGGUUUCCAGGGAUAAAGUACUGCAGGGUCGUGUCCAGGCUGAAGCUGUUGCAGACUGCCACCACCAUGGUCACGCUGCCUCCCAUCUGGUACCUCUACCUGCAGAACCAGGUGUCUCAGAAUAUCUUCUUAUACACAACUGGCCUUGCAGUCUUUGCUGGUGCAAUGUUGUAUAGUAUGAGUUACUUUUUUAGAAGAAUUAUUGGAUUCAUCUACUUGAGUGAAACUGGCCAGACUGUCAGAGUGGCCCACUUGACGUUCUGGGGAAGACGGAAUGACAUUUACUGUCCCAUAGAGACAGUGGUGACUUUGGAUGAAGUUGGAGACAGCAAGGAGGAGCUGCUUCUCCAGUUCAAACGGUAUAACAGCCCAGACAUUUUAUAUUUCACAGUUAAGUAUGGACAGAUUGUAGACAGAGAGAAGUUUACUCAAAUAUUUGGAGAACUUGUGUGAUACAGCAGCUCAUUUCCAGUGAUUUUCCAUGUUUCAUGUUCAUUGUGCUUGUUGUUCCAUGAGGUUUAAUGAGCUUACCACACUGACACCCCUCUCCUUUUCCUAUGCAAAACCUGCUGUAAGUGCACCCAGCAUAGAAAGUCACAGUGAUAAAGAAUAAUCCACUGGAUUAAAUGUCUUUGCGGCUUG